AUGGCAGAACUCACAGUAGGCCUACUCCUCUACCCCGAGUUCGAAAUCCUGGAUAUGGCCGGUCCUCUCGAAUGUCUGAAUAUUCUCUCCGUCUACAUGGGCAAGAAACUCGAUCUCCACAUCAUCAGCGAUACCAUGGAUCCUGUAGGGCCAGGCACCCGAGAAGAUGGCUCGUCUACUUUUGCGGGGAAACAGCUUUAUGUACCUACUUGCACGGUGCAUGAUGCACCUUCCAUUGACUUGCUCAUUGUCCCCGGCGGCCCUGGAUCAGUCAAGAAAGACGUCAUGAAGCCUUUUGUAGAGUAUAUCCGCAAACUCCACACGGAUGCAAAGCCACCGAAAUACUUUUUCAGUAUUUGCAGUGGCAGUUUGCUUUUUGCUCAAGCGGGUAUUCUGGAUGAGCAGUCUGCUACCACGAACAAGGCUUUCUGGACCAACAUUACUGCUCAAGGACCUCGCACCAAAUGGAUAGCAAAGGCUAGAUGGGUGGUCAGUGGCAACAUUUGGACGACUUCAGGUGUUACGGCGGGGAUUGAUGGUAUGUUGGCGCUGAUGGCGAGGAUUUGGGGAGACGAGACUGCGGAUGGUGUGGAAGCUACCAUGGAGCAUAAUAGAGCCAGAGAGGCUGGAGAAGAUCCAUGGGCUGAAAAGUAUGGGUGUGAAGAUGUUUUGCCUGUUGAUAAGUGA